GCACACACUCCACUUCACUUCACUGCACAGGCGUGUCUCUUUCCUCACCUUUCCACUCCCACACUCUUCUCUAUAUCUCUUCACUCUUCCUUCACCUUCACCUUCUCUUCAUUCUUCACAUUACCACCACUGUGUUGUUUUCUCUCCCUCAUUCUUCAAUCUUCACUCGUCGAAAUGGCCAUGGCUAUCUCCUCCGUCAGCGUCGCUCUCCGCCCUCACUUCCCACCUUCUCCGUUUCACUCCCGCCGCUACUCCUUUGCAAAACCCCUCAGGUGCCUCGCAACCAAACAGAACCUUCCCGAAACCCUAGAAAUCGAAUCCAGACCGAAAAGCGAAACCGUCUUACACUCUUUCUCUCCGUUGCCGUUGCUCUACGCCGCUGCUCUUCUUCCCGGAGGUGGAGCUGUGAGAUCGGUGUUUGCGCCUGUCGUUGAGAUUGUGAAGACGUUGAAUCUGCCGGAGUGGCUUGUGCAUUGGGGUCACCCUGGUAACAUGGCGGUUGUGCUCUUUGCAAUGGGUGGCUAUGGUACCUAUCUGGGUUUUCGCAUUCGAUACUCUGAUGAUGUGGAGGAAAAGGCUAAGGCUAAGGACUUGCAUCCCAAGCUUUUAGCUGGGAUGUUUUUCUUCUUUGCUCUUGGAGCUACCGGUGGAGUAACAUCUCUACUCACAUCUGAUAAACCAAUUUUUGAAAGUCCUCAUGCUGUUACUGGCGCCAUUGGCCUUGCUUUGUUGACAGUACAAACUAUACUGCCCACACUGUUUGAGGGAAAUCCUGGACUAAGGAGUGUUCAUGGGAUCUUGGGUAGUAGUAUCAUGACACUCUUUCUCAUUCAUGCUGCCCUUGGACUUCAAUUAGGCCUCAGUUCCUAAUAACAACUUCCAUUGGACCUGUCUUGAAUGUUGAGUUCAUUUAUUCUUAUGAUGUACAUCCUUUCCUGCACAGCUUCUGACUCCAAUUGAGAACUUUGAUUAUCCGGAUGCUACACUCUCCUGUCAUUUUGUUCCAAAAAUAAUUCAAAUUGAUUUCUGAUCCA